AUGUCAUCUCUUCUACAACUAUUGUAUUGUUUCCAAUGUGGAAAACUUUAUGGUACGAGAUUUGCUCAGACAUUCGUCGCCCGUACAUUCUCUUAUAGAUGAACAAGAUCGGUUGCCCUGUCUUGGGCUUCAACAAGAAUUUCUUUGUCUGAAGUGUUUGGAAUCUUUUGCGAGUUGGCCAAUAAUCAAAACGGCUGUUAAUAAAGAAGCGUUGGAGGUCUUGCGAGCACUUCGAAACAAGUUGACAACUGAGCAGAAAUCUGAAAUUUCAGAAGUCGUUAAGGUAUUUGUGGUGUUUGUCCAAACACUUGUCCAGCUUUCUUCUUCAGAAUAUCAACGAGGGACGCUGCUCAGAAUGCUCACUGACUUCCAAAAAACUCAGAAUCUGUCUGGAUUGCUGUCAAGCUUCUGGUCUUCUGAAAACUGACACGAAGCUGACAUUUCCAGAAAGAGAAACCCAUGAGGACCCGAUUCACGAACUAAAGUCCACUUCGAUUUGCUCCGAUUGUGCAAUUGACCAAAAGCACAAAGAGCACAGGAUUGCGAACAUCGGCAGCAUUGAGAAUAUCGAGGAUCUUUUGGAGCUCAAGUACCUUUUGGCCCUCGGAGCGAGUUUUUAUUCGGAAACAGAGCCGACCGAUUGGAGAUGUAUUGUUGUGGAGAAGUACAGGAAUGCAGUGAGCAAAAUGAGCCAGUGGAACAGUUAUUGUGAAACAUUCGAUCCGAUUGCAUCGCUGGAACAUUUGGAAGAAGAACACUUGAAGAGUGCGCUCGAAAAGUCCAGCAGGCGGGUUGAGAAGGCAUGGGAACACGUGCAGAAGCUGAAAAUGCGACAAUUUGCCCUUCACAAAGAGCACUUGAGCCAAUGGAUUGAGUACAUUGUGGACGAGGAUGCGGAAGACGUCCAGGGCAAGGAGCGUAUUUUGCAAGAGUUGAUUGGCCUUCAGGAGAAGCUGGAGAAAGGAUUAGAAGCAUUGAAAUCUGUGGAUAUUGGAGAUAUCGAUAAGGAAACGGAGAAGAAGAUGAUGGAAUCGGAAGAAGACGCCCGGAAAGAUUGUCUGUUUAAACUGGAAGCAAACUCGAAAUAUUUCAAGUACAAAGCAUUGGCAAAAGAGAUCCGGGAAGCGUACGACCAAAAGUAUAUGGAGAAAAUCAACGAAGAAGCGGAGGGAGCAAGAGAGAAACUGACGAAUCUGCAAAUGAAACAAGAACAGCUACUCGCCCGGAUUGAAGAGAAUUCUCAGGAAGAAGGCCUUGCGGCUGAAAAUCGAACAGAGUACUUGGCAAAGUACAAGCGGAUUGUUCAGAUGGAAAUGGUGUGCGAGGCAGCGAAAUGUGACGUGGUAUCAAUGAAAAUGAUGGAAUUGCUGAAACGAAAAGUGUUCGUCGAGUUGAUGUAUCUCAAGUUCUUCCCGAGCAUUCCCGACUCUGACUAUGAAGACAGCGUGUUCGAGGAUCUUUUGACACAUAUCCGUAAUGAUGUUUUUGAGUGUUAA